GAUUCGCCACACUUUUUUCAAUAUCCGUUGCAUAUCCUCUCCGGAAAAGAUGGAAAUUUUUAGCCGUAACGCGGUGACACUAAAGGCAAAUAUCGCGAAUUCUUUUUGUCGCAAACAUCAUCGACGCCGAGCAGCCUGUCAGAGACGAAAACCGACGCGACGCGACGCGACGUUUCGGCUUCUAAACCUGGAUGCAUUUCUAUCCCAGCCGUUUUUGACAUUGCACGCGCGCAACAUUCGUGCAACUUUUGCGCAUUCGCCUAUUCGCGCCAAUUACGUUGGCUCUUCUCGUUCGCUGCUCGCGACUUUUCGAGUCGUAACAAAGGUUCGAUCAGCGCAAAGAUUAAUUUUGCUUGAAUUAAGAUCGAGAUCGAGAUCGAGAUCGAGAUCGAGGGAGAGCGAGAGCGAAAGCGAGAGUGAGAGGGAUUCGACGCGAAUUGGAAGGUAGAACCGAAGACGAGCCGAGUCGAGCCGAGCGGAAUCGAGGAGAAUCGAGGAGAAUCGAGCAGAGCCGACUCGAACCGAACGGUGACAAGAAUGUGCCAAGAAGAGGUCAAACGAGGAACGUACUAUGUACAACUUGCUUACUUACUUACUUGUACUUAUUUACUUACAACUACACCUAGAUCUACACCCGUCGUCGACAGAGUGUGCACGAAGAUGCUCGAUUAUAUGGUAUACGUAUCGUACAAGAGUGCCGUAAUUGUAUGUUACGCAAAGCUCGAGGAAUACAGAAAACGUUGAAAGUUUACGAAAUUCGUAAAAUUGCUGACAAACAGCGUGAAAAAUGUUAACGAUGGACGAUUUUCAGCGGUAACUUAACCAAAUGGAAUCGAAGUAACGACUAUUCGAAUCAGUCGAUGAAUCGUUAAGGUCUGAAACGAAGGCUAUUCGUUGUUCUAAUCGACGUCGACUCGAUUCGAUUUCAUCCACAAUGUGUAUUAGAUUUUCUAAAUUUGCCACUGUUUUAAUAACGAUAUGGAGUAUUGGUGGCAGUCGUCGAGUGUUUGGCAAGGAGCAACGCUUCCCGCCAGAAAUAUCAGCGAAACUGGACGAAUACUGGAACUCUUACAAGGCUCGUUACAAUAAAAGUUACUCCGGAAGCGAAGAGAACGACCGAAGGACGACUUGGGAGGAGAAUCUAGUAACGAUCUACAAACACAACAUGAUGGCCGCAGCGGGUCAUCACAGUUACACUUUGAGAGACAAUCACAUGGCCGAUCUCGCUACCAGACAAUAUAUCCGAGAGAUGGUGAAACUGAUGCCUAGUCGUAAGCGUCGGGUGUCGACGAAAGACAUGGUGGGAGCGGUACUGCACGAUCCUCGACGCGUCCCAUUGCAAUUCGACUGGCGCGAUAUAGGCUUUCUUACCCGACCGGAAAAUCAAAGGGACUGCGGAAGUUGCUACGCCUAUUCGAUAGCUGGUAGCAUUCAAGGACAAAUUUUUAAGAAAACCGGCAUUCUGAUCCCAUUGAGCGAACAACAGUUGAUCGACUGUAGCACAUCUACGGGAAAUUUAGGCUGUUCUGGUGGAUCCCUGAGAAAUACAUUGAGAUAUUUGGAGAAGGCAAAAGGAUUAAUGAGUCAAGCUCAUUAUCCGUAUAAAGGAAAACAAGGUCGAUGCCGUUUUCAAGAGGACUUGAGCGUGGUCAACAUCACCUCGUGGGCUGUCUUACCGGCGCGCGACGAGAAAGCUUUGGAAGCCGCCGUAGCUACUAUAGGUCCGAUAGCUGCUUCGGUAAACGCCAGUCCGAAGACCUUUCAACUCUAUCACAAUGGAGUUUACGACGACGAAGUAUGUAGCUCGGACAUGGUAAAUCACGCAAUGCUAAUCGUGGGGUAUACUCGGACCGAAUGGAUUUUAAAAAAUUGGUGGGGUGACGGAUGGGGUGAAAACGGUUACAUGCGUCUGGCGAAAAAUAAAAAUCGUUGCGGCAUAGCUAAUUAUGCGGCAUAUGCAAAAGUGUAAUCAGUAACUCUACACGUGUUUUAUUUCAUUUCGUUUCGUUUCGUUUCGUAAUUUUAUGCUUACGCUCGACUUACCUACUUACUUAUGUUCGACUUUGAACGGAGACAAAAUUGUAACGAUUAAAAUUGAUUUUAGAAUAUCUACCAAUGCUGUGCCGCGUUUCAUUUUCUCCCUGUUCCUUAUUUUAAACGGUAUCUCAUGGAAUACACGGAAAGAAGAGUGGAAAAAAGGAGUGGAUGGUUAAACGAAGAGACCAGUUCUGCCUUAAAAUGUACGAUGGCGCAAAUAAGGAAACGAGCAGUGGUGGUAUCGAUGAUACUAUACAAAAAUCUUUUGGCUAUUCAAGAAAACACCGAGCAAUUCGUUUAUCGGGAGGAGAUGCGUACGCGUAGUCACUGCGUGACACGAAGUUGAAACUAAAUUUUCAAACAGGCUGGGAAUAAACGGUGACCAAUUACGGCGAACUGGACGAUGAAACGUAUAUGUUAGGAAUAGAGGAGCGAACGGUCGAGAAUGUAGGUGAAAAAGACGAGAAAGAAAAGCAUGUUCGUGGCGCGUGUUUCCAUCAAACGAUAUCAGUACGAUUCGUCUUCGUCCAAUCCGCUGUAUCCCCCCGCUUAUAGAGCAAAGUUCAGACUAUACCGAGAACCGAUGCGUGACUAAACCAUCUGAACGAUGUGUCUUCAGUCUUCGUGGAUGAGUUGGUUGGAUAGUCGCUCGGAUAGGCAAAAAGUAUCGCGGUCGUAAUUAUUAUAAAAAGUAUCGGGAACAAGUUUAAUGCGAAGAGGACAUUGUCGGGACGAAGGGAAGGGAAGGUGAAGAAAUCCCUUUUGAUUUCGUAUCACCGGGGAGGACAUCGCAUCGUAUCGUGAAGAAAAAGAGAGCGACAAGAAAAAUGCGAACGAACGAACGAAAGGUAUCGAAAGGUAUGGACGAGAGUAAUCCGCGCUAGCGCGAUCGAUCUCGAUCCUCGGCGAAUUUACCUCGUUCGAUCGAUCGAUCAAUCAAUCAAUCAAUCAAUCAAUCAAUGAGCAAGCGUGGCUCGAUGGGAAACGAGCGGCUGCUCAACGAUCCGCGUCUAUCCCCGAAGCCGUCUGAAAGGAGGAAUCAGUGAAAGAUAAAAA